CGAUUGUGGGGCCAAACGAGUAGUGGCGUUAGUCGACAUGGAUUGUUUUUAUUGUCAAGUAGAGGUUCAACAUGACCAGUCACUGAUUGGAAAGCCGGUCGCAGUCGUUCAGUACAACAGUUGGAGAGGUGGUGGUUAUUCUGUUGUUGUAUUCCAGCAUAAUUGCAGUGAAUUAUGAGGCGAGGGCAAAAGGAGUAAACCGACAUAUGAGAGGAGACGAUGCUGUACAGGCGUGUCCAGAUUUAAAUUUAGUACGUGUGAAGGAACUCCAUGGAAAAGCAGAUUUAUCAAAAUAUCGUACAGCCAGUCAAAAAGUGUUUGAGGUACUCAGUGAAUUUAGUUCUUGUGUACAAAGAGCUAGUAUUGAUGAAGCUUAUGUUGAUUUAACUAGUGUGGUAAAUGAUCAUAUUUCAAGUAAUCAUAAUAUAAUAACAGAAAAUGACUUAUCCAAUACAUUUGUUGAAGGUUAUUCAGAUAAUUCAGAAGAAGAUAAAAGUGUGAGUAUAAAGACUUGGCUUCACGAUGUGUACAAUAAUGAGUUACAAGAUGAUUAUUUAUUACGAUUAACAGUCGGUGCUAUGAUGGUUGAAAAAUUAAGAAAAUCUAUUUUUGAACAAACUGGUUACCGUUGUUCAGCUGGAAUUGCAAAUAACAAGAUUUUAUCUAAGCUGGCAUGUGGCUUACAUAAACCUAAUCAACAAACACUGUUACCACCUUCUAGUGUACCCAAUUUGUUUGAAUCUAUACCAAUAAAAAAAAUAAAAAAUUUAGGUGGCAAACUAGGAGAUAGAAUUAAGCAAGAAUUUAACUGCAAAUUCAUGUCAGAUUUAGCUGCAAUACCUCUAAAUGAUUUACAACAAAAAUUUAAUGUCAAAACAUGUAAUUUUUUAUAUCAGAUCUCUAAAGGUAUUGAUAAUGAACCCGUGGAAUCUAGAAUUAUACCAAAAUCAAUUGGCAGUUGUAAGUCUUUUCCUACAGGGCUUAAAGUCAAAGAUGAAAUAAAAAAGUGGUUAAACACAUUAAUGAAUGAUAUUGUAGACAAACUAAAUGAUGAUCACGAGGCUAAUAAAAGAAAAGCAACAUUGAUGACUGUCAGUGUUAGAUACUUAGAUAAAAAUACAAAAUUGCCGAUAUCGCAGUGUUCUGAAGUUACAACAUAUAAUCAUGAAAAAUUAUUAGAUACUGCCUAUUCAUCAUUGUGUACCAUGACUGAAAAUCAAAAAUCAUUACAUUGGAAAAAUCCAAUAUCUUUUUUAGGAGUUGCUAUUGGAAAGUUUGUAGAAAUUAAUGCCAAAUCAUCAAUAGAAAAUUAUUUCAAUAAAGGAGCUGCCAAAGAAGAGAAAGAUAUUAAUAUUGCAUUGCCAAGGCCAGAAAACAGUACAACUUGUUUUAAAAUUAAUAGUGAAAGUAAUAGUUCCACACUAUUUAAUGAACAACAAUUUAGUUCUAACACAAAUACAGUAUUGUCUAAUAAACUUCCACCAUCAUUAAAUAACUCUAAACACAAAAAUAAUGAAACAUGUAAUAGUGAUGUGAAGAAUUUAAAAACUAUGUUUGCUGCUCAAAUGAAAAAUUCUAAUAGUUCCUUAACUCAUUCUUCUUUGACAUUACAAAAUGUGACUUCUAAAAAAGAAAUUAGACAGCAAUAUAAACAUAACAAAAACAGUUUUUUCACAAAAAAACUAGAGAUUAUUUCUCCAAUUAAAAAUCAAGUAAAUGGGAAAUCGACAACAGUAGUAGACAAAUGCUCCUCAGAAAACCCAGUGGGAUUUUUAUUGGAAAGCCCUGAUGUAAUUUCUCCUUCAAAAAAAAUAUCAAAUGAUAAUCAUAACAGACCAGAUAAAUCAACAGAUAGUUUUUUUUCAAAAAAACUAGAAAUUGUAUCACCUUCAAAACAUCAAAAAAUUGAUGAGUCAGAAUCAGUGCCCACUAUUCAAUUUUCUAUUACAGAAGAUACUAUUGAUUGUGCGCCUAUUACAUUAUUAUGCGAAAAGUGUGACAAAAUGAUUGAAAUUGAUGCAUACGAUGAGCACAUAGAUCAUCACGUGGCAUUAGAAUUGAAUGAAAGUUUAAAUACUACUAACUCUAUACAGCGGUUAAAUAAUAAAAUAAUCAAAAAUGAACUAGUGAAAAAGAAAAAAAAUGAAUCUUGUAAAAAACGUAAACACAAUUCAAAAGCUUCAAAUUCAAAUCCCAAGAAAUCAUGUACAAGUAUUUCAUCAUAUUUCAAACCACUCUUAAGCCCAUAAUAAUUUCGAAUAAUCUUAUACAAUUUAAUUAAUUGUUUUAUACAACCCAAAUUAUUGAUUUUUUUUUAAAAAAAUUUAUAUAUAUUUUUUAUUUUUUUUUACUUAUUUUGUGAAACAUAGUUGUAAACAAAUUUAGAUAUCUACUUAUUUUAAUAAAAAAGAUAUAUUUAUUUA